GCUUUUUAGUCUACGUCUUGUCUGGGAGCCUGGGGCCUGGGCUGACUGGCUCGGUGCGUGCUCAUUUCCACUUAUUAGAUAUAUUGGCCCCAGCACAGCGCACCAGCAUUUAUCCAAACACACGCCAAAAAACAGCAGCACCCCCAUUUUCGCCCCGGGGCAUCGGAAUCGGCCCCGGCCCACCCGGCCCCUUCCAACUGCCAGGCUCACCCAAAAACACGCCGUUUUCACCGUGCCCUGUUCCGGGCCGUUCUCGCCUAGACGUCCCGGGGCCAGUUCUGCACAGGACACCCGAGCAUCACCAUGCCCAUCUGCCUUCUUUGCCAUGGACAUCUCCCAACUCCUUGCCCAGCAGCUCCAGCAGAAACAGCGCCAGCGGCAGCGCGCCAAGCAGCAAGGCACACCAAAAGAAACGUGCCCCGGCCGUGGUGACAAACCGCAGGGGACGCCCCAGGCCCAGCAGAACGAGCAAGGCCCUGAGGCGGGCCAGCCGGAUCCACCCGUCUCCACCGAAACCGACGAGGCACGGCUCCUCGACUCGAUCGACGCGGACAAACUCGCGGAAAGCCUCCGCCGCCUCGACGAAAACGGACAGGGGGGCCUGAAGGCGGAGCAGCUCCGCAGACUCCAGAUCCACGUGCGCCACGAGAAGAAGGACCUCCGGUACAAGGCGUACUUGGACCGGGAAACCCGCGUGCCGGCGCACAUUGCCCUCGCGGACAUUGCCGCGCAAAACAGCGCCACGUUGUGCUUGCAGAUCCGGCGCUUUUUCAAGGAGAUCCUCCAGACAUGGACCCUGGCAACGGACGUGCGGUCCGCGGACCCGGUCCUCUUGGAAACCAAGCGGGACAUCGUGAAGCUCAUGUACAAGCUCCGCAGCGGCUCGCUUCCGCAGGAGACCGUCGUGUCGCUCUCGACAAUCGUCUACUACAUCCAGACCGAGAACAUCGUCAAGGCCAACGAGGCCUACUUGAAGCUCAGUAUAGGCAAUGUGGCGUGGCCCAUCGGCGUGCGGGACGUGGGCAUCCACGCCCGUGCCGCGGACGCCAAGAUUGCGGGCGACGACAAGAAGCAGCUUUCAAACAUCAUGAAGAGCGAGGCCACGCGGCGCUGGCUCAUUGCGGUCAAGCGCAUCGUCAACUACUGCGCCCAGCUCCAUGACGGCAGAGCCUGAGGCGCGGGUCGUGUGCCGCUGGGUGGCACAGUGCUGGCUUGGAAUGCGGGGCGGGUCUGUCCGUUAUUGUCGGGACAACGCUGCUCGAGACAGGAGCGUCUAGGAGUUUGGAGUCUGGGGGUCUGGGAUUUUGAAAAGUGCUAGUAUUUCAAAGAUUGCUAGUAUUCAGG